UUAUUUCAUAUUUCAAAAGGUCAGCAGAUUUUAUCAUCUGUUGACUGAAAGGAUCGAUAAAACGAAGAUAAUAAAAAAUACAUAACCCGCUUCUACAAAUGUUUCCCACCGGCACUUCUAUUAUUCGUCUUACAACAGCAUCGUCAAGGCGAGCGAUCGGUCGAGCGCUACACACUUCGUACAUAGCCAUGGCACCCAUAAAGGUUGGUGACAAUCUGCCGGUAUCGGAUUUGUUUGAAGAUUCCCCGGCUAACAAAGUGAACGUAUGUGAUUUGACCGCUGGGAAAACAGUGGUGCUGUUUGCUGUCCCUGGCGCAUUUACCCCAGGGUGCUCAAAAACCCACUUGCCGGGUUACGUGCAGAAUGCGGACAAGAUGAAGACGGAAGGUGUUGACGAGAUAGUGUGCGUGUCGAUCAACGAUCCUUAUGUUAUGGCGGCCUGGGGGGCCCAACACAAGACUAAGGGAAAGAUCCGGAUGCUGGCUGACCCCUCCGGUGCGUUCAUCAAAGCGUUGGACCUUGGCAUCAACCUGCCUCCCCUUGGCGGAUACCGUGCCAAGCGCUUCUCCAUGGUCAUCAAGGACAGCAAAGUGGAACAACUGAACGUGGAGCCCGAUGGCACUGGCCUAUCAUGCUCUUUGGCUGACAAACUCAAAGUCAAGUCGUAAACUAUAGAUGACUAGACUACGUAGAGGUCCAUUCCCUAAUCUUAAAAUUAGUGCCCUUUUCCAUCGCACUCCUACGAAUUUACGAGUACCUAUACCUUUAACAUAAGAACGACAUCUAUAUACGUCGUGAUAAUGUAAUUCUUGCAUUUAAGUAUGUUUAGACGGAAUGCAUGGAUAUUUCUUGAAAUUUGAACAGCGCUGGGUUUAGCUGCGAUUUGUGUGUUUGGAAUGGCCUUUACCCCCAGACUUCGCAAAGCGCCUGUCGCACCAUCCUGUAUGCCAAUUAUGUGAAUGCCUUUCAGUCGGCAGUUUUUAAAGCUAAGCUGACUUUUUUGUUUUUGAUUUUUUUUUAUACACCGUUUUUAUUUUGACGUUUUACUUUUUUUUGUAUAAAAAUAUUGAAUUUUUAUACAUUUCUGUUUAUUCAACUAUAAUUUGAAACAGACGUUUGUUUUUAUUUCAUUUUAUAUUGAAUUAAAUUAAGAAUAAAAUCAACGUAAUUUUUUUAUUGUUUCAAAAUGAAUGUAGUUAUUAAGAGGAACUGGUACAAUGGUCAAUUUUUAAGCGUAUAACGACUUGUAAGCGAGCAUAUCUGAUGGUAAUAACACAUUUCAAGCAUACAAGACGAUGUGUAUGGCGUUAAUUUUACUUGGAAUUAAAAUUAUGACCCCUUCGUAAUUUGUGAUCUUACACCUAGCUUUAUGCAGCUCAAAAACUUUACGAGCACUUUUUGUGAUAUCAAAAAAAAUGAAUUAUAUAAAUAGACUAGUAAUAAAUA